AUGUUCCGAUCUGCCUGUACCGGGACGACAACUUUAGGAGCGGAUCCAGUCCAUAACAAUGAGACACUGGACAACAACACAAGUACUGGUUAUUUAAUGACAGACCCGUCCUUCACCGCAGGCUGUUGUGGGGUACUGGUCAAUUGGAAGGUGUUUAUUCAGACUCAGGGAACAAUUAACCUACAAAUAUGGCGUCCGGAGGAUUCAAAGUAUAAAUUAAUUGGGGAACACAGUUACUCGUUUGACUCUCCAAGCCAGCUGAUCGUUCAAAGUCUUGACAUUCCCCAAGGACAGCAGGUUGUGAUAAAGCAAAAUGACGUCAUCGGAUGGUACAGUUCAUCUAGUGACAUGGUUCCAUACAAAUCGGGAGCGGGAUCCGCCGGUGGUAAUUAUUUACAGGUCUUUGCCACGCCUCCUACCUUGGGGACAUCUUAUGAAUGGAGUACAGCGAACUUCUUUAGCCAACGUUCAUACGCUGUUCAAUCCACGAUAGAAGCAAACGUCGCACCAACAUUGAAAAACCUUCCAGCAACCAAGACGUUCCAGGACAAAUCUCCCGCCACAACAAUAAUGACAGUGACAAUAACAGACGACAAUUCAGCAGAUGUGGCGACGCUCUCCGUCAGCCUGAAAACACACAAUGAUAAAUUUGAGAUGUCCUCGAACGUGGUUUCUCCAAAAGCUGGAUGGACGUGGUCAGUGGGAACCUUUGACGUUAGUAUUGUUGUUACUGACCAGUGUGGGAACUCAGGGACAGAAACCUUAACAAUCGUCAUAGAAAAUACGGCACCGGAUAUCUCCAUCCUUCCAUCAGCUUCAGACCUGUCUGAAGUCGUGACGUCAGAGACUAAGCUCGGAGAUCUCACUGUUACGGACGUACAAACUUAUACGUGCUCUAUUCAUGACGUCAUUCCAUCCUCUGGAACCGCGACAUUUACUCUCAAGCAGGCAUCAGGGUCAUCGGUGUAUUCGAUUUACUCUGCGGAAAACCCAAACUUUGUACACUCAGUAGUAUCCCAAUAUAAGAUAAACGUAACGUGUACCGAUGUCUACAGUUUGACGUCAUGGGGAGACCACACUGUUAAUAUCAUACCAAAUAAGCCACCAGUACUCGACAAAUUACCAGCAACACAAUCUGUAUCAGCGAAAACCACAACGCUUGGAACAGAGAUCUUCAGCGCAGUAGCUACUGAUACUGACUCAAGUCAGAUCUUCUAUAACAAAACCUGCUCCCCAGACCCCUGUCCUUUUGAAAUAUAUGCAGAUGGAAAGAUUAAAGCUACUGAAGACCUAAUGCUUCACAAAGUUCCAACCUAUGACAUGUUUAUUUAUGCUUAUGAUGGACGCACUCUUGUUGGACCUGAGACUCUCACCAUCAAUAUAAAUGAUAUUAACCACAUUCCUGUUAUCAGCAACAUACCCACGUCCACAGUUACCGUUCCUGAGAACACGGCCGUUGGGACGGGGGUAUUUUAGGUGCAGGUGACUGACCAGGACCCCGGGGACACCCAUACGUACACUGUUACCUACAGCCCGGCGGAGGGAGGCGCAUACUUUAAUGUUGAUGCUAACACUGGUGUGAUUUCUGUAAAAGACAAUAUUGACUAUGAAAGUCUUCGAACACUUAAUCAACUAACGUAUGACGUCACAGUAACUGCAAACGACGGCAGGGAGAGUUCUAUCCCCCAAACAAUGACGAUACUUGUUACUGAUGUAAAUGAACAACAGACAGGGUUUGUUAAAUCGGUAUAUGCCAUAGAAACAGGAGAAGGAAAGUCAGGAAACGUGUUGACCAAUCCCUUUACGGGUACGCAAGUUAUAGAUCCUGAUUUCAAUGAUGUUCAAACUUUUACCAUGGACUGUGGCACCAACCAAGGAAAAUUUCGUAUGGAUCCAAAUACAGGUUCUAUAACCCAGUCUGUAGAAUACGACCUUGAUUCUGUUGGGAAGGAACAGGAAGUAGUGACAUGCACAGUCACGGCAACGGACAAAGGCGGACAUACUAUAUCGACUCAACUCUCCAUCACAAUAAAUGAGAUAAAUGAUAACGCACCUGUUCUAGACAAAGGGAGCUACUCCUUCUUCGUUUCACAAUGCUCAUCAGUCGGGUCCUCGGCAGGCCAAGUAACUGCCACUGACAAGGAUAUUAAACAGGAGCACAAGGACGUGACCUUUACUCUCACUUCAGGGGCGGGGUUUUUGGUAGGGAAUGAUGGUACAAUUCACGUUGCUCAAGAUUUGUGCAAUGUACCUGUGGGCACCAAAUAUGACCUAACUUUAUCUGCAGCUAACGCAAAUGGAUUACAAGAUACAGCUCCAGUUACUAUUGUAAUCACAGACCCGACUACCACCACUUCUACAACAACCACUACCACCACCACUACGACUGCGCCACCUAGUUCCGGAGGAUCAAGUAACUCCAAGGGCGGAUUCUUUGACAACCCAGAGAACCUGGCCUGGUUCAUACCCGCCGUACUUCUGGCAGCUUUAAUGGUGGUUCUGUUGAUUUACUUCUUGUACAAGUGUUUUCGUCAUCCUGGUUUGUUGUCCAGAGUUUGCUGCAAAAAGAAAACUUCACCAAGACAGAAAGGUAGCGGGCAAACAUGGUCAAAAAAGAAAUUUUACUGA